CAACUUCACAUUUUCCAUGUACAGGUGUUUCAAAGGGUCAUGGUGGACGGCGUUGGUGCGAUCACAGUGCAGCGUGUUGGCUUUGUAUAAGGAAACACUGUGGUUGGAGAGUCGGCUGAGAACUCAAACACUUCCUCGUCCUGUUUUAGUCUCAUCACAGCAGCAGCCAGAGCACAACACACAACACACAACACACAACACACAACACUUCUGAUCAGCCAGAUCUCAAAUGACACACACUGACUCUAAAUUAUCCAACAUCACUGUACGACUUUGUUCUGUUAGUGUGAACUCUCUGCGAUCUGAAGUGAAAAUCUGAUCUUUUUUCCCUCUUGAGCGAUGCCUCGUUCUUUUUUGGUGAAGCGAGGAGGACUGCACCACCUUCGGCCUACGGUCAGAAGCCCCCGCAAAGGCUCAUGGGAUACAUCUACAGUAGGUGCAGCAGACACAUCGGUCAUCACAUCACUGCAGCAGUAUUUCCCUGUCACCAACCACUCUGCUGGAAAUGAGCAGCUUCACAAAUUCACUCCUAAAUCUUACGUCUGUACAUCCACUGAGCUGUGCAGCCCAAUCAGUUCAAAUACUUUAAACCCCUUGAAGAAAAGUGAAUCUCACCCCCCCACUGUAACAGCAUGGUCCAGACCACAAGACGGACCCGGAUGUCCAGACAAACCCUCAGUGGGUCUGGAGGAUUCAAGUCCUCAGGCUCAGAUACUGAGGGAGACCAGGACCAGGAGCCGCACAAAGUCCACUUCUACCAGGCACGAGUGUCCGUUCUGUGAUAAAGUGUUUUCAUGUCUGUCCAGUUUGACAGCUCACUUAUGCAAGAGUCACAGCAGUAAAGCACUUUUGUCUCCAGCUCCCAUUAAGUCCAACAGAGCAGAGGUUGAACGGUCCCCAUCCAGGGGCAAGGAGCGGACGUUUGGCUGCUCUGUGUGUGGAAAAGUGUUCAAGCGUUCGUCCACCCUCAGCACCCAUCUGCUCAUACAUACAGACACUCGGCCGUACCCAUGUCAGUACUGUGGCAAGAGGUUCCAUCAGAAAUCUGACAUGAAGAAACACACAUUCAUACACACUGGUGAGAAGCCCCACAUGUGUCAGAUCUGUGGAAAAGCAUUCAGCCAGAGCUCCAACCUCAUCACCCACAGUCGAAAGCACAGGGACAACCGGCCGUACCGCUGCCCUCACUGCCUCUACGGCUUCCUGCAUAAACUGGACCUGCGGCAGCACCAGGAGCACCACUGCCCUUACACCGUUUAAGACUGUUUUGACUUCAAAUCUAGACCACUUUAUAUGUCAGUUUAAUCUAUGUUGUGAGACUGACAAAAGAUACUGUUUUUUAUACCAGUCACAUGCCACAUGCUGUUUUAUUUCAUAACCCAGGCAAUGAAACAACAUUUGGAAGGUUAAUGUGAAUUUUGAUGAAUUUAUUAAGUUUUUAAAAUAAUAUGAUAUACAGUUAUUUUGAGUGACUUGUGUUUAAUACAAUAUGUGACAAGGUUUGGAAUCAGGAAGAGAAAGAAGUGUUAUGAUAUGAAAGUAGAUGUUUUACAGCUGAGUUUUUACUUAAUAAACUGAUUAAACAUGGUAUAAAUCUAAGGUACAGUAAACCUGGGAAAAAACAUGAUUUUUCUGUCACACUGGAGGAAGCUGUAACACCAGAGUAGUUGAUUAAAACAGGUCACUAUCACACAGAGAGUUUAACCCAUAAAGACCCAAACAUCCAUCACCGACCAAAAGCAUCUACUGAUCUAAACUGUUUAAUACAUGUUGAUCCACUAAUCCUAUCA